AACUCCCUUAAUAAAGUGGAAAAUUCAAAGUAUGGCAGCACUGGAUUGCAUUUGGCGCGCGCGCGAAUCGCCCUUCCAAAUCAACAUGGCGAACGCUCGGGGAGCGCGCCUCGUCUCAUAAAACAACCGGAUAAUCACAUUCUCACAACACGUAUUUAUUAUUUCAAUAUAUCGUUCGUAUAAAAUGUUAUAGUGUCCGAUCUACGGGUGUGAAUAGUGAAUUCUUUUGUGUACACAGUGAGUUAUUGUUUAUUGCAUGAGUGGUGCUCAUGGGGUGGCCGAUGUACGGGACGAUGGACGUGAUUCACCUGCCAGCACCGAACAGCUAACGAAAUGUGGGGAGAAGGAGGCGGAUCUGGACUGCGUAGCAAUAGGUAGCCGGCUGCGGGGAGCGAUGGGGACCCGUCGGCCGGCCAAGUUCUGGCCACAGCUGUGGGCCACCGUCGUCAGGAACCUGCUGCUCAAGAAACGGGAUACCAGAAAGACUCUAGCGGAGGUGCUGGUACCGUUAUACUCCCUGGGCGUGCUUAUAUUCCUGAAGAUGCUGGUGCCAAACCCCAACUUCCCUGAGGUUCGGAAACCAGGCCGGCUGCUCAGGAUACAGCAUGACGCCUUCCCGGAGAACCACUCCGUUGCUGUUGUAGCUGACUGGCUCAAUGCCAACGGAACUAUGGGUUUCCUGGAGGAGAUAAACACAUUGCUAGCAGAGUCCCACCAGCAUCCGAUCCGAUGGAUCAAGUACAACAACAACUCGGAGCUGAACGACGCGUACCACAACGACGCCAGGAACUUCCCCAUCGCCGUCAUCUUUCAUACUGAUCCUACCUCCAAUAUCGAGCCCCUUAGGUAUACAAUCAGGACCAACCCAUCCCACAUAGGCACGCCGUCCACACGCAUCCUCACGACCUCUCCAGCAAAAUGCCGGGAGAGAACUGCCUCCAAAGACUGGUCCUCCGACUGGUCGAGAGGAGGACAACUCAUUCCACUGUCAGAGAUGCAUGGAGAGGACACGUGCCCAGUUCUACAGUAUUACUAUUCAGGAUUCUUAGCUUUGCAGACGCUUAUAGAUUAUAUUAAGAUUAAGUUCGACACAGACGCAGCAAUACCGCCUCCCCGGAUAGACCUACGGCAGUUUCCCAAGCGUCAGCAUACUGGAGACUGGCUGGUCAUCUUCAGGGUCAUCAUGCCAAUGUAUAUGGUGAUGACCCUAUCACAGUUCAUCACAUAUCUGCUCAUGUUCGUUGUGGGGGAGAAGGAGAAGAAGAUCAGGGAAGGAAUGAGGAUCAUGGGAUUGAAGGAAUCUGUUUAUUGGGGUUCCUGGUUCCUAAUCUACGCUGUGUUUGUCACAAUCUUGUCCAUCGUCAGUACUGUACUGCUUUUUACGUUGAAGGUGUUCCAGCAUUCUUCAUACAUCUUAAUAUUUCUGCUGAUGCUGCUGUUUGGCUUCACGAUCAUCACCUUCGCGUUUAUGUUGACGCCAUUCUUCGAUCGGGCGAGGACGGCUGGUAUCCUGGGCAGCUUUGCAGUGAACCUGAUGAGUGGCCUCUACUUCAUCCAAGUGUUUGUCUCCAAUGCGGACUCCCUCGCCUUCUGGUUCGUCUCCCUCAUCAGCUCCAGCUGCUAUGCACUGGCUAUGGAUAAGGCUUUAGUCCUGGACAUGGCUGGUGUGGGUGUGACUUGGGAUAACCUUUGGAGUGGCCCAGGAGUUCCCUUCGGAGGCAGCCUCAUCAUGAUGGCAGUAGACACUGUUUUGUAUGGCCUGGCUGCCUACUGGCUGGAUGCUGUUAUCCCUAGUGAAUAUGGUAUCAAGCAAAAGCCAUGGUUCUGCCUGCUCCCUUCGUUCUGGCUGGGCAGCAGACGCGGUAGGGUAUCUGCGGUACACUUCCACUCUAAUGGAGAAGCAGCUGCUCAUAAUAAGGACAUCGAACCUGUACCUAGGGAACUUCAAGACAAAGAAGCCAUCAGGAUAGUGGGCUUACAAAAGAGCUUCAGACACUGUCGUAAACCUGAGAUUAAGGCCAUUGAUAAUAUCGACCUGAGUAUCUACGAGGGUCAGAUCACAGCUGUGUUAGGCCACAAUGGCGCUGGGAAGUCCACGCUCUUCAACAUCCUCACUGGGUUGACGGCACCUACCAAUGGAACUGCUUAUGUUUAUGGACUUGAUGUCAGGGAUCCCAACGACAUGCAUGAGAUUCGUCAAAUGAUCGGCGUGUGUCCUCAACAAGAUGUGCUGUUUGAUCUUCUAUCCGUAAAAGAGCAUCUACAGUUCUUUGGUGCAGUUAAGGGUAUCCCUCGAAAAAGACUGCCAGAAGAAAUCCACAAAGCUCUUUCAGAUGUUGGUCUUUUGGAUCAAAUGAAUGUAUUCGCUAAACAUCUUUCUGGAGGACAGAAGAGGAAGCUUAGUAUAGCCAUCGCGUUUAUUGGGGACCCUAAGAUAAUAAUCCUAGACGAGCCUACAGCAGGAGUGGACCCGGUGUCCCGCCGACAAACAUGGCGGAUCUUGCAACGAGCUCGGCACGGGAAGGUCUUAUUAUUGACUACUCACUUCAUGGACGAAGCAGACAUUUUGGGGGAUAGGAAAGCUGUCAUCAGUAAAGGCAGAGUUCGUUGUGCUGGCACGUCAUUGUUCUUGAAAAACAAAUUCGGAAUUGGAUAUCAUCUGACAUUGGUCUUAGACGGAGUAUGUCGGGAACAUCAGAUCACCCGACUGGUCCGUGGCCACGUGCCUCGCGCGGAGAAGGCGCGUCGUCACGGACGGGAACUGUCCUACAUCCUGCCUCACUACGCUGUACACCUGUUCCCGCCACUCUUUAAUGCCAUCGAACAGGAGGUCAAGGAGAAGACUAAUAGACUUGGUAUAACAAGCUAUGGUGUGUCAAUGACAACUCUGGAGGAGGUGUUCUUGAGCUUGGAAGGUGAAAACGCUGAAGAAACGGAAGCUGUUGAAGGAGUGUCCUCUGUGAAGCUGGUUAGGGCUCGCGCAUUAUCCAGGAGUUUGUCCUUACAGAGCAAGACAUUGAGUUAUCAAGAACUAAACGACAAGGACGGUCAGAAAGCGACAUCGUUACCAACCCCACCAGCAUCCCACGCGUUACAUUCCACCACACACGGCGUUGAACAUGUCAAGGUGGCUCCCGAAGUCCCAAUAUCAGUGGAUGCUCUAGGCGAGACAGUGAAGACGAAUCCGACCUGCUGGAGAACAUUCUGCGCACUGGUCUACAUCAGAAUGGUGCGGAUGAUCAGGGACCCUUACAAGCUAUGGGUCAUGAUUUUGAUGCCUAUCAUAUCCUGCGCCCUGGGUCUUUACAUGAAGUCGAGACAGAUCGUCUUCUUCCGAAUGCAGCCACUCAAAUUGGACCCGAACGCAUACUUCAAUAAGACUCCCAUAGCCGUAUACAGUGAACAAGACAACAUCAAAGAAAUCACAGACUUGAGGGACUCCUUAGAAUCUUUAGGAGCAUAUCCCAUCAUAGAUUUUGAUGGGAACUUCUCCAGUCUUUUAGAUAUGGAGAACUUUGGAGCCUUCAGCCUAAGAGACAGUUUGAUUCCCUAUGGCAAGAUCAUGGCCUACUACAACAGUACUUACACGCACAGCUUGCCUAUCAUCGUUAAUUUGUUGGAUAAUAGUGUUUAUAGGGUUUUAAUGUCAGCAUCAGGUCUAAUAGAAAGCUUCAAGCCCAUCGAAGUGCUAACCCAUCCAUUUCAACAGACGGAACAGCAGGAGGAGUUUAACUUGGGCAACGUGGUCUGUGCUAUAUUCAUGGGCAUGAUCUUUGCUCUGGUGCCCGUCACACUCGCUGUGGAUAUCGUGUAUGAUCGAGAGAUCAAAGCGAAGAAUCAGUUGCGAGUGAACGGUCUGUCGAUGAGUAUGUACUUCCUGACGUACUUUACUGUGCUUAUCUUCAUCAUGAUUCUCACCAGCGUUGGAGUACUCGUCUUGGUAAUCCUCAACGAUAUUCCAAGCCUUACCAAUGGCUCAGCGAUCACAAUGCUCUCCGGCCUUCUCCUGCUAUACAGUCCGUCCGCCAUCUUGUUCAACACGUGCCUCUCCUACAUCUUUGACAAGAUGGACUCCGCGCAGAGCAUCAUGCCUAACAUCACCACCUGGGUCGGCGUCAUACCAUUCAUAUUGGUCGCUGUUCUGGAUACGUUUAAGUGGGGUAGCGACAUCGCGUUCUACUUACACUUGACCUUCAGUUUCCUGGAUGUGAUGUAUAUUCCUUACGCAAUAAUAUACUACGUUGAUAGGGUAUACUUGACAUGCAACCUGCGCGACUUAUGCACGACGCCGCCACUGAGCAGUUACUUCACGGCAGAAGUGUGGGUGUUACUGGUCGCCAUGUUGCUACACGUGCCAUUGUCAGGGGCCGCGCUACUGGCUGCUGACAGGGUCAAGUCUGGAGGCCGGAUAUGUCCCCGUAAGAAAAGUACAUCAGAAAGUGGAGGUGAUGCUGAACAAGAAGCAGGAGGGGAGGCGGGGGAGGACGAGGAUGUGAGACGCGAGCGACGCCGGGUCGCAGCCAUACUGCAGCAACCCAAACAUAGCGCACCGCCGCUUGUCGUUCAUAACUUACGUAAAGAAUACAAAGUGCGAGGUACGGGCAGUGGAGGAUCAUGUUGGACACAGAAAGAGGAGACAUCCUCCAGAGUGAAGUCUCGGUUCGUAGGACUAGCACGGCUCAGUCUGGCCGUGGAGGGAGGGGAGGUGUUCGGUCUACUGGGACAUAAUGGCGCUGGGAAAACUACCACCAUGAAGAUCAUCACUGCGGAGGAGAGGCCCACGCAUGGCAGUGUAAUGCUAGGCAGUCAGAACAUCGACGACUCCCAAACGUCAGCGUUCAUGAUGCUCGGCUACUGCCCGCAACAUGACGCGCUGUGGAAGAAUGUCACCAUCCGGGAACACAUCGAGUGCUACGCAGCCAUCAGGGGAGUCAGCAAGGCUGAUACUCCUAGGAUAGUGGACGCCUAUCUAAACGGUCUCCAAAUAAUGGAGCACGCGAAUAAGAACGCGGACGAGUGCUCGGGGGGCACGCGCCGGAAGCUGUCGUUCGCGCUGGCGAUGGUGGGCAGUCCUCGCGUCGUGUUACUGGACGAGCCCUCCACUGGCAUGGACCCUCGCAGCAAGAGGUUCCUCUGGGACACCAUCCUCGCUAGCUUCCAGGGCAAAAAAGGUGCUAUAUUAACGACACAUUCCAUGGAAGAGGCUGAUGCUUUAUGUUCCAGAGUCGGCAUCAUGGUCAAAGGUGGCCUGAGAUGUAUCGGCUCAACACAACACUUGAAGAAUUUGUACGGAGCAGGUUACACACUGGAGAUGAAGAUUGGGAACAAUAAUCAAAAAGCUAAUAUGAUGGAGUCAGAGUCACUGUCACCAUCGCCGCUCAGAUCAAAUGAGAACUCACCAUCAUUAGGAGAAGCAGAUGAAGGAGGUUCGAACACGGGCUCAGUAUGCGCGGAGGCGGAGGGCGAGGCGGAGGCCGUGGACGCCAGCAUACACACGCCGCUAGUGGCCGGUACUCCGCCGCCGCCCAGACUGCAACACCAUCGGACGGAAUCCGGUGGAGGUGGAGCGAAUUCAGAAGCAGUGAUAGCGUUAGUGGGUCAGAUAUUCCCCGCGGCAGUACUAGAGGAGAGCUUCGCGGAGCGGCUCGUGUUCUCCGUGCCACAGUCUGCUGUCUCCAGCCUCGCCAGGUGUUUCCAGCAGAUUGAGGACGCGAAAGAAAAACUAAAUAUAGUUGAGUACAGCUUCAGUCAAACGACUUUGGAGCAGGUGUUCCUGAAAUUCGCACAAUCUGAGAAUGUCGAUUCAUCAGACUAAGAACAUAAACCGUUGAUAGUAUUGUAAGUGACACGGCACUGUUCUGACUUGGAUUCAAUUAUAGGUAAGUAAAAAAUAAAAAAGUUUAACUUGAUACACCUAUUUUGAACUUUUGUGAGCAAAACUGUUGAAAAAAUGUCAGUACUAUAACUUAUUUGAACUCAUUAAUCAAUUCUAGAAAACUAUAUCAAAGAUAUGUUUUUAAAGUUGUUAUCUUAUAUCUAAUUAAAAUGGCAGCUAAUAAAAAAUUAAGAUGCAAGUAAAACACUUUUGCUUCCAAAAGAUGAGCAAGUCAAAACAGUGCUCGUAUUUUGUGCUUUUGAAAAGAAAAUGUAAAAUAAGAAAUCGCUUCUGAUAUUGUGUAGUUCGUUUAGUUGAAUUCUGUUUAUAGCCUUAGGAGUCAUGGGAAACUUUUUAUGUAUAUCAAUAAGAUCAUAAGCA